AAAAGACUGAGCUAUGAUAGCAACCGGUGGAGUGAUAACCGGCCUGGCCGCCUUGAAAAGGCAAGACUCGUCCAGGUCGCAGCAUCAUGUCAGCCUCAGCCCAUCGCCUACUGCCCAAGAGAAGAAACCCGUCCGGCGGCGGCCUCAGGCCGAUGUCGUGGUGGUUCGAGGCAAAAUCCGGCUUUAUUCCCCAUCUGGUUUCUUCCUCAUUUUAGGAGUGCUUAUCUCCAUUGUAGGAAUUGCCAUGGCGGUCCUUGGAUAUUGGCCCCAAAAAGAACAUUUUAUUGAUGCUGAGACGACCCUGUCAACCAACGAGACUCAGGUCAUUCGGAACCAAGGUGGCGUGGUGGUCCGCUUCUUUGAGCAACAUUUGCAUUCUGAUAAAAUGAAAAUGCUUGGCCCUUUCACCAUGGGGAUUGGCAUUUUCAUUUUCAUUUGUGCUAAUGCCAUUCUUCAUGAGAACCGUGACAAGGAAACCAAAAUCAUACACAUGAGGGAUAUCUAUUCCACAGUCAUCGACAUCCACACGCUGAGGAUCAAGGAGCAAAAGCAUAUGAAUGGCAUCUACACUGGUUUGAUGGGAGACACAGAAGUAAAACAGAAUGGGAGCUCCUGUGCCUCGAGGCUGGCCGCAAAUACCAUUGCCUCGUUCUCGGGUUUCAGGAGCAGUUUUCGGAUGGACAGCUCUGUUGAGGAAGAUGAACUUGCGCUCAACGAAAAUAAGAGUUUGGGGCACCUCAUGCCACCAUUGCUUUCGGACAGCUCCGUCUCUGUCUUUGGCCUCUACCCACCUCCCUCCAAGAUGACUGAUGAUAAGACCAGUGGCCCUAAGAAAUGUGAAACCAGAUCAAUUGUGUCAUCGUCCAUCAGUGCUUUUACAUUGCCUGUGAUCAAACUUAAUAACUGUGUUAUUGAUGAGCCCAGUAUAGAUAACAUCACUGAAGAUGCCGAGAACCUCAAAAGUAGGUCAAGGAAUUUGUCAAUGGAUUCCCUAGUGGUCCCUUUGCCCAGUGCCGGUGAGUCCUUCCAGCCAGUCAGCACGAUGUUCCCAAGGAAUAAUUCCACUGGGGAGUCAUUGUCGAGCCAGUACAAGUCCUCUGUGGCCCUCGGACCCGGGGCCGGACAACUCUUGUCUCCUGGGGCUGCUAGAAGACAGUUUGGGUCCAACACAUCUUUACAUUUGCUCUCGUCACAUUCAAAAUCCUUAGACUUAGACAGGGGUCCCUCCACCCUAACUGUUCAGGCAGAACAACGGAAACACCCAAGUUGGCCUCGGUUGGAUCGAAGCAAUAGCAAAGGAUACAUGAAACUAGAGAAUAAAGAGGAGCCCAUGGAGAGGCUGCUUGUGCCUCAAGCUGCAAUCAAAAAAGACUUUACCAAUAAGGAGAAGCUUCUCAUGAUUUCAAGAUCUCAUAACAAUUUGAGUUUUGAACAUGAUGAGUUUUUGAGUAACAACCUAAAGCGGGGAACUUCUGAAACGAGGUUUUAAUGUUCAAAAAUAUAUUAUUUUACGAGGCUAUAUAUUUUAAAACUAUUUUCACCCUUGUUUCCUUGUUGAAGUAUGG